GGCAGCACAGAUUUGGGGAGUCUAGGAAAAUGCCUGAUAUGGGUUAUCGAAAGGACCCAGCGACUUCAUAUUUAUAUCAAAUGUAAAGGUAUUUGUUCACCUUUAAGCUUCCAUAUACCCUUAGUUAAUACCCGUCUCUGCAGACUAAGAGACAUGGUGGCAACGGCCUUUAGCAGCCUGUUUUGGAUCAGGCUCUGGAGUAGACGCCCCGAGCACAGGGGUCCUCGGGGCAGCCGGAGACCUACGGAAGAUGGCACGUAUGGCGGUCGGGAUGGAUGGGUGGCUUUUGCCGGCUUUUGGGCUGCGGCUGCUGCUGGCGACUGUGCUUCAAAUGGUCUCUGCAUUCGGGGCAGAGUUUUCAUCAGAGUCUUGCAGAGAGUUAGGCUUCUCCAGCAACUUGCUCUGCAGCUCCUGUGAUCUACUUGGACAGUUCAGCCUUCUUCAGCUGGAUCCUGACUGUAGAGGAUGCUGUCAGGAAGAAGCACAAUUUGAAACCAAAAAGCUGUAUGCAGGAGCUAUUCUUGAAGUCUGUGGAUGAAAAUUGGGGAGGUUCCCUCAAGUCCAAGUAUGUUCGCGGUUCAGACCCUGUGCUAAAGCUUUUGGACGACAAUGGGAACAUUGCUGAAGAACUAAGCAUCCUCAAAUGGAACACAGACAGUGUAGAAGAAUUCCUGAGUGAAAAGUUGGAACGCAUAUAAAUCUUGCUUAAAUUUUGUCCUAUCCUUUUGUUACCUUGUCAAAUGAAAUAUCACAGCGCCUAGAAAAUAAUUUAGUUUUGCUUUCUUCCAUUGAUCAGUCUUUUACUGUGAGGCAUUAAACAUCUAAUUAAAAGUUGAAGUGGCAGCACAACCCAUGUUAUGUAAGGAGUUGGCAAGCUUAACAAAACCCAUUUUUUAUGUUUCCAUCCUCCAUUUGUUGAUACCACUAACAAAAUGCUUUGUAAUAGUCUUGUGGUUAAUUAUGCAAAUGAUAAUUUGUGAUAAUUGGUCCAGUUUUACGAACAACAGAUUUUUUAAUUAGGGACGUUAAUAAGGGAGAUGAUUACUGUGCCUCAUGUGCUGUGUGCUUUUUGAAAGUGAAGACAGAAAACUACAAAGCAAAUAAGAUAUACCGAGCCUCAACAGAUUGCCUGCUUCUCAGAUCCUCUCAUAUUUUUGUAUUACCCAGCUUUCCUUUUAAUAGAAACGUUAUAGUUUAUAAUGAAUGCACUGCAUAAAAACUGUAUGGCUUCAUUAUUGUAAAACAGAUUCAGGAUCUACGGUAAGAGUGAAACAUUCACACAAAGAUUCGCAUUAAUGAAGACUACACAGAAAACCUUUUUGUGGAUUUGUGUGGAUCUGAUAUUUAGCAAAUUUUUGUGCUUUACAUUCUUACAGAAGAGUAAAGUUAAAAAUUAUCAUUUGUAAGACCAAAAUAUAAAUAAAACGUUUCAAAAAUCUA